UCAUCUUUUCCCAGGAAGACGAUUUUUUUUUAUUAUUUAUUAAAUGUUUACAUGAACAAUAUAGUGAGAAAAAACAGUAAUUGCAUUCAAACAAGUUAUUGAAUCAACAGUUACGAGUUAAAAACUAUUAUUAACAUGUACAAUGCUACAAUUCUGGAAAAAAUCGGGUCACGACAAAAAUCGCCCAAAUUUUUCAUCGACAGCUUUCUCAUCUGUAGAUAGACGCUCUCCCAAACAAGGAUCAUUAGAAAAAGAAAACCAAAACUGUAAUGCGAAACGAAAUGAUCCUUUGCCUUUAGCAUCCUUUGACGAUGAGGGUCUUUUUGACAUAGGAGAAUUUGAAUCUUCUAAAGAAAGAUCGCGACUAUCCAAAACGUUACAAGAAAUAAUAUCGGAUAAAAGUGCCCUUGGAUAUUUCAUACAAUAUAUGGAAUCUAGAAACGCCUCUCCAUAUAUACUAUGUUGGUUAGACAUAGAAACAUUCAAAUCGGACUUAAACCAUUGUAGUGAGAGUGUUAAAAAGGGUUCAAAUUUUUCUCCAGUGCCAAAUAGUCAGACAGAUCAUGACAGUCUAUCUGUGAGUACCGACUGUGAUUCUUACACGGCUGAUUCAAACAGCUUGUGUGACUUUUCAACAGCCACACUAUCGGAAGUGAAAACACCUCUUGAGUUCAACGGCUGUGAUAGGGACAACAGUGAUAGUAGCAUUAAGUUGAAAACACUAAGUGAAGAUAUAAGUGUUAGUGAAAAAAAGAAUGUACAAAAUACGGUAAACAAUGCUCUGGUGAUAUUUAAAAAGUAUAUCGCGCAAGAAGCCCAACACAACAUAAAGUGUUCGGAAGAAGUAAGGAAGGAAGUGAUGGAAAAUAUUUGCAAUAAAGAACGGGUGCUCUCUGGUAACUGUUUUGACUUGGUGCAAGCGUGCAUAUACGAAGUUAUGGAGAACGAGUACUUCGCCGCAUUCCUAGGUACGGAUUAUUUUUGUAAACAUCAAAUAGACGUGCUUACUAGCGGCAACGUGGUGCUGGAGGAUAUAUUGUACAAUGAAACUGCUUUGUUUUAUUUCAUGGAGUAUCUGGAACAAGAAAACCAACGUUGCUUACUGGAAUUCUGGAUGGCCGCUUCGAACUUACAGCAACAACUGCAUGACCAGAAGGAGUUUUAUGACCCUGUGGAGGCGCAGAACGACGCUGUAGUCUUGUACGACAAAUAUUUCUCGUUGCAAGCCCACUGCCCUCUCGGAUUUAGCGAUAAGGUGCGGUUGGCCGUCGAACAGAAUAUUUGCGGGGAAAACGGCUUGAUACUCGACUGUUUUCAUUUGCCCUUGAAAAUAGUAGAGAAAGUUCUCGAGAAGAAUUACUUGAAGCCGUUCCUAGCGUCUCAGUUGUUUUACAAGUAUUUAUCGGAUUUGAUAAACACAGUUCAAUCAAACGGUUAUUCUACCAAUAUCGAACGUAACAAACACUCACCCUCAGACUGUAGCAGCGAGAAAAGUUUCGGUCAGAGUACGUUUCUCGCAUUAGAAGUCCCUUAUAAACAGACUAAAAAAGAGAAAACGACAGACAUGAGUAUCGACACAAGAGAACUGUACGACCCGGAUUCUCUUUGGAAACGAAGGAAAAACCACAGGCUUUCCCUAGGGCGAGUCAGUGAGCUGGGCAAGUACGAAACUGACUUCGAGCCGGAACCCGACAGAAAGGAAUUCAAUUUGAAAGAUGUGGUGAAAAAGUUUGUUAGUUUGGAGGAGGAACAGAAGAAGAAGGAGGAGAUGGCUUGGCAAGUCGCCGAAAUGAUCGUUAAAGAUAUCACUAGUGUCACGUUAAAUGAUCAUAACGGGUAGAUUAUAAGUAAAUUUGUGGAUUAAGAUUCAUUUUACAGAUCGAUUUAUAACGAGUUAAAGAAGUACAAACCAGUUCAGAUAUUUUUUAGUGCCCUCACUUUUUUAAUAAAAAUAAAAUUAAUGUGCCACUAAAAACGGACGUUAGUUUUAAAGUUGA